CGAACUUUGACUUCUUGGUGAAAAAUAGUCAAUUCCUUAAAAAGUCACGAAAAAAGCAUGGAUCUCACUUUUAAGUUGAAAAAUGCCUUCCAGGGCCUUUCUACGGAGGCUAGGGAACUAUAUUUAAGCUCUGAGGUUCCUGUGUUAUCUGCACCACCUACGUCUUUACAGUUUUAUCGUCAGUGGGUCAGUCCUAAUAUUCCAGUAAUCAUCAAAAAUGCAAUAAACCAUUGGCCUGCCUUAAAGCUUUGGAAUUCAGAUUAUUUUAGGGAGAAGAUAGGGGAUAAAGAAGUAACUGUUGCUGUCACACCUAACGGCUACGCUGAUGCCGUGGUUGGAGAUAGGUUUGUAAUGGCGGAAGAUCGCUCCAUGAAAAUGAAACAGUUUCUUGAUAUUCUUGAUCAUAAAACAGAAGAAAAAGGAAUAUUUUACAUCCAAAAACAGAAUUCAAAUUUUACUGAAGAGUUUUCUGAAAUCAUUUGUGAUGCAGAAUUAGACAUUCCAUGGACCUCAGAAGCGUUUGGGUUGUCGCCUGAUGCAGUCAACUUCUGGAUGGGAGAUGAAAGGGCUGUGACGUCAAUGCAUAAAGACCAUUAUGAAAACUUAUACUGCGUCGUGUCUGGGACGAAAACAUUUAUUCUGAUUCCACCAACUGAUGCUCCUUUUAUUCCUCAUGGUCUCUAUAAACCUGCAAAAUAUGAAUACAAUUUAAAAGGAGAUUUUGAUAUUGUCGAUGUUGAAGAUUCGACACAAGAGGAUAAAGAAGUGAAGGCAUUGCUUCAAGAUGAACUUCCUGAAAUCAAAGAUAUCCAUGGAAAAAAUCAAAGAGAUGAUGUCAAUAACCUUGAAAAAAAUCAUUGUGAAGGUGACAAGGAGGUUGAUGAUGAUGAUGAGGUCGAUGAAGAUGACAGUGCUGAUGUUGAUGACAGGGAAAUGGAAAAUGAGAAUCUUACUCCAUGGAUUUCUAUCGACCCAUUAAAUCCAGACUUGGAAACAUUUCCUGAAUAUGCAAAAGCCAGACCAAUAACUUGCACAGUUCAUUCAGGAGAAACUCUUUUUCUUCCAUCUUUGUGGUUCCAUCAUGUCCAGCAGAGCCACAAGUGUAUUGCUGUAAACUUUUGGUAUGACAUGGAAUAUGACAUAAAAUAUAGCUAUUUUAAAUUCUUAGAAAAGCUCACAAAAUUGUGAAGAAAAUAGGUUUUUACAUUCAAUUAUGGAUUGAGAAAAAUUUCCUGAUACAAAAUUUCCUACAAAUAUACAGUAUCUUGCAAAGGCUGUCUAUGAAAUAGUUCUGGAUCCCUCACUGCAUUUAAUCAAGAAUGCAAGAUACCCUAAGCAGAUAAAGACUUUAUGUUACACUUAGUGUUCUUUCUUAUUUAUUGACGACAUAAAAAAUAAAAAUAGACAAAUGAAUAAAAGACAUGAAUAAUCAAAUGAGUUUCCAAAGUAAUAAAAUGCAUAGGAGUGCACUAAAUUAUCGUAUGUAGUUACUAUUCAGUGCUUUGGCCUAUUAUUUUCCUUUUUGCACAAUAAUUUAUGGCUUCUUUUCGAAAUCAAAUAUGCGUAGAGGCAUCAACAUUGUUUGGAUUGAGCAUCCUACAUGAAUUGCGGUUUUGUUUGGAAUAAGUGGAAAAGCUAUGCUUACUAUUUUUCAAGGGCCAAGUAAAAUCACUCUAACUCUAAAAACUCUAUCGUAUGGAAUUACUUUGAAUAUUCAUAAAUUCUAAUGAAGAUCCAUGGAAUUUCAAAGUGUUGGUAUUGUUGAAGUUGUUCAUUCUUUACUUUACUGUUGGUAUUUGUGAAUAUUUGGACACUGAAAUGGGGCUAACCCUGUAUAAUAAGUCUGUGAUCAAUGAACCGAGCCAUAAAAUGGUCUUUUACAUAACUCGCCCUCACUUAACUUACCUGCAAACUUGUAGAGCAUGAGGGCGAGAAGUCUAAUUGUUUAACAAAAUUUGAGGUUUACACAUGCUCUCAUCUCUUAGGUCUUUGGUUGAUUCUUUGACUAACUAUAAACAUCAGUAAAAUGUGAUGGAUCUCUCCCUUUGGCUUUGUCCAGUUUCCUCCCUUUUAAAAACCCUAAAUUGUGAGUUAGCUGUGCCCUCACUGCACUUAGGUUAGCCCCAAGGCUGUUUCAGAGUAUGACAAAUUUUGUUCAUAGCAAAAACAUUAUACCUUUGUCCCUCAUAAUCUACAAGUUUAGGUCCAGGUUACCAUGAAGAUAUCAUCAACUUUG